AUGGAAGAAGAAAGUGAUCAGGACAUGGCACACAUGAGGACCCAAAUAGAUCUACUCACAAAGCAUAUUGUUUCAAAGUCUGAAAAGGUAAAUGCUGUGGGACAGCCAAAUAUGUAUGAAGGUAGUAAACAUGAGCAGGUGUUGGAGCAAGGUGGAGGAGAAGAGGAUGAAGCAGAACAAGUAGAUGACUUGGAGGAUGCUCAACCAAUAGCAAAAUUAGCAGGAGCAAAAGAAAAAGAGGUUGAGGGAACUAUGCCUUUACAUCAGAUCCUAAGACCACCUCUUUCUUUCCCUCAAAGGCUUAAAAAGAAAGCCGAGGAUAGGAAAUUCACGAAAUUCAUCACCAUGCUGAGACAGGUAAUAGUGAAUAUCCCACUAGUGGAAGUAAUAAAUGCUAUUGCUACCGGGUCUCUGGAACAAAAGAAGGAGGAUUCAGGUGCAUUCACUAUACCGUGCACCAUCAGAUCAAUCGAAUUUGUAAAGACCUUAUGUGAUUUAGGAGCCAGUAUAAACUUGAUGCUGCUGGCCAUCUACAAGCAAUUGGGGUUAGAAGUUCCUAAACCCACGACAAUGAGGUUGAUGAUGGCAGAUAGGUCAGUGAAGCGGCCUGUGGGCAUCUUAUGUGAUGUGCUCGUAAAGGUGGACACGUUCAUCUUUCUGGCAGACUUCGUAAUCUUGGAUUAUGAAGUGGAUUUUGAGGUUCCCAUUAUUUCAGGAAGACCAUUUUUGGCCACUGGACGAGCAUUGGUAGAUAUUGAGAAAGGAGAACUGUAA